AUGAUCGCCUUGAAGAAAUUGUACGGAGACGAGCUGCUGCGUCUUGCGUUAGUUCUCAGCCUCCUGAAGUCGAACCCGGACGAGUACCUGCAGGACGAAACACAACAGCUGAUCGCCGGCUUGAACAUAUCCAACGGAUCCGAUUGGUCGUUAGAGCCGGAGACGAGGACGCUGAUCCGACCGAGGUUCGUCCACCCGAAGUCCUUGGACAACAUUCUGAUCAAUUACGAGCGUCAGCUGUUCGAGGAGUUGAACUCCCUCGGGCGCUACGCCAAUUCAUACAUAGAAAACAAUGUGCGGAUACGAAGCAACAGUGUGCUUCAUACAUAUUUACUAAACGAUGUUUCGACGCACACAGUAGCGCCCGCGCUCGCGCCGACGCCGGAGCUCGAAACGGGACAAGAUGGCGUCUCCGCGGACGACAACGUAGCGCAAGAAGUGAAGGUCGACAACGAGGAAACUGAAGAGGGCGCCGCGACCAGCCAACCGGACGCAGUGGUGACACUGUCGUCCGACUUCUUCUCGAACCGAUCCGAGUCGGACAUCUUCGGCGAGAUCGCGUCUCGGUCUUUCGAUGUCAACGAAUUCCUAGUCCAACCCGCCGAGAUGCAGAUCAAAAAGGAGCCCCAGGACUCGCAGGAGUCCGAUCUGUUAGACGUUAGAGUGAAGAAGGAGAGAGAGACUGAUGAUCUUUAUAGCGACAAUGCGAUCGACGAUUUUGUGCCUUAUUUUAGUGCUAAAGCUGAAAAAUUUGAGAUAGGCGAGCCCCACUCCUUAUACCGUCAGAACCUGGCGGAUCUGCAAGACUAUAACGAAAUGUUUGAGGACCUAAAAGAGCUUCGGAGCGACCUAGAUUUGGAUAUAAAACAACAGCAAGAGAAUCUCGAGCAAUAUUUGCUUGAGAACACGCCUUUAGAUCCCGAGGUGUAUGAUCUGGCUCCUGUGUUUGACGAGGAGUUGGUGUUGGACGUGAAGAGAGAAAGAGCGAGCACUAGUUUCACUUCGGCUAGUUCGAGCGGUGUGAGCGAGUUGGACACGUCUUCAAGCGGCCUUGACGUAAAGUUGGAGCCGGAUGAAGGGCACCAUAGUGGCGACGAGUUGACCCAGGAGGACAUGGAUCUCAUCGAGGUGCUUUGGAAGCAGGAUGUGGAUAUGGGCUUCUCUCUGGAGGACCCCGUACAGCUGGAGGGUCCUCAAGCAACAAAAGUGGAACUUGGCGAUGAAAUCGCAAAGGAGUUGAAACUAGCCGAGGAGAAGAUCCAGAAGAAGAAGGAGGAAACGAAGGAGAUCGAGAAGGUGAAAGCUUCGCUUCUAGACCUAGAAUCUAAGGAGGAAGACCCGUGGGCCGGCCUCUCCUAUACUGUCGACACUGAAACAGGCGAAUACGUUAUCCAGGGUGAGUUGCCGCGCGAGUUGUUCAACACCGAAGAGUCCAGGUUCGAUCUUCUAGAAGAAGCGCUCCAACUGGUAGAACUAGGCGACGAGGCAGAGACCAAGGAUGAACAGCCAGUGGCGGUAGAGGGCAGUAGCAGCGGCGGCGAGAUGUUGCACCCGGCCAUGCGGCACGUGCCGCAUCACCCGCUAGCUCACUACCACAAUCAGUCGCUGAUGCGGACGGCCACCACCGAGCAGCGCUGGCAAGACCUCGCAUCCCUGUUGACCAUACCGCCGCCGCCUGAGCAGUACCACCAGCAUUAUCACCAGCACCCGCAUAACAUCAGUGCCCAUGGAGCUGCCUCAGGCUACGCACCCAACUAUCAUGCACCUAUCGCGCCAGUCCCUGAAAAACACCCGGAGAUCUAUGGCGCCGCCGCCCCGCUAGAGGGCGCUUAUAAAGUGGAAUCCGCUCAUCACCCCCAGCAGCACGAUGGUCUCUACUACCAGAAUUCGAGUGCGGAGAUGGCGCCACCGACGAAUCAAGACGGCUUCUUACAGUCAAUCCUCAACGAUGAAGACCUGCAGCUCAUGGACAUGGCAAUGAACGAAGGCAUGUACACGAUGCGUAUGUUGGACGGGGCACCUCACAUUCCGCCCCACAAUCACACCCAUAUGGCGAUGACGGCCGAACGCGACUCUGCUUCGGAUAGUGCUGUGUCCUCUAUGGGAUCGGAGAGAGUGCCUUCUCUCUCUGAUGGUGAAUGGUGCGAUGGAAACGACUCCGCUCAGGAGUUCCACAGUUCCAAAUUCCGACCUUACGAUGGCGCUUACGCUAGAGAAAGAGCCCCGCAUCCCCCGCAGAAGAAACAUCAUAUGUUCGGAAAGAGAUGCUUCCAGGAACAACCAGCACCUACGAUGGAACCCCUCCCUAGAGCCCCCGGCGUAGUAAAAUACGAAUGCACAGAGCAGACCUACCACCACGAUGCCUUGCAUAUGCACAACGUGGACUAUAACGCUCGCCACCAGAUAGCGCCACCUCACGUACCGACUCUGCAGCCUGCCUUGGACCUGAACACUGCACACUCCAGUCAGACUUUGCUACAGACGGGCGUUUCUAGCCCGGUGGGCCGUUACGGCGUGGUGACCAGCGAGCGAGUGCGCCACAACCACACGUACAGUGCACCACUACCGCCCGCUGAGCCGAGACACGUCACGCGAGAUAAACGAGUUCGACGGUUGACGGAUGGUAGUACGUCUGACGCUGGGUCGGGAGGGUCGCAGCAUCUUUCUCGAGAUGAGAAACGCGCUAAGGCACUAGGCAUACCGUUGGAGGUGCACGAUAUAAUCAACCUACCGAUGGACGAGUUCAACGAGCGCCUCUCCAAGCACGACCUCAGCGAGGCUCAGCUCUCACUCAUCAGGGAUAUUCGGCGUCGGGGCAAGAAUAAGGUGGCGGCGCAGAACUGCCGCAAGCGCAAGCUGGACCAGAUCACGUCGCUGGCGGACGAGGUGCGCUCGGUGCGCGACCGCAAGCUGCGCACGCAGCGCGACCACGGCGCGCUGCUGGCCGAGCGCCAGCGCCUCAAGGAGCGCUUCGCCGCCUUGUACCGACAUGUUUUCCAGAACCUCCGUGAUCCCGAAGGAAGGCCGCUUUCCUCCAACCAGUACUCACUUCAGCAAGCCGCCGACGGCAACGUGGUCCUCGUGCCAAAGAUGCAGCAGCAUCCCGAUCACCCGAUGAAUCGCACCUCAGACGACGAGAUGGACCGCAGGGCAAAGCACUACGAGCAAUGA